AUGGACGACCUGAUUGUGACCAGUGACAGUGAACCGAUGCCUCCGUCAUCCGGAUCGUCGUUAGCGGUUCGGCAGCAUUUACGGACGCCAAAAUGCGCCCGCUGUCGGAAUCAUGGGGUAAUUUCCUGUCUUCGAGGACAUAAAAAGAUGUGCCGAUGGCGGGAGUGUUGCUGUCAGAGUUGUUUGCUAGUGGUUCAACGGCAGAGGAUAAUGGCCGCUCAGGUGGCUUUAAGAAGGCAACAACAGUCCUCCUCCUCGUCGUCGUCAACGGUAGGAGUUUUUAAUGGGGUACCAAACUGUGCAUCCAGUGAGCCACCCGGAACAGGAAAAGCCUUCAACAUGGAGGAGUUGAUACUUCAGAAACAGAUCUACAGCCAGCAAUUGAAGGGCGUUCAAAAGUCGAAAAUGGCCAGUAGAAACAUGCUUUAUGAUUGCCGCAAAUUUGCCUCCUACUUCGAGUCACCGAUGAUGGAACGAAUCCGCAAGCGGCGGGCAUUCGCUGACAGCGGCUUAAUGAAUGCGCCAAUUUUGAUGCCCACUCCGCACAGUACUCCCCCAUUGAUGACCAUGAUGGCGUCGACCGCCAGUGCUGGUUCUUCAUUUGUUCCUUUGAAACCACUGGUGCUACCUCCACUAGAUUUUGUUCAGCAAAGCCUGCGAUUGGCCGAGCUUAUGCCACCUGAGAUAGGAGCCGUAGCGAGCAGAAAACCUAAGCUGUCAUUUUCGAUAGAAUCAAUCAUCGGAGUGAAAUGA